AUGGCCGAUAAACGCGAAGCUCCCCUGGAUUCCCAACUCCCUGACAUGCAGAACGAGCUUCUUCAUGAUGAGAAAACCAUCCCACUUGAAGGUGACAAACAGUUGUCUAACGAGCAUGGUACAUAUGUCCUUGAGGUUGGCAAUUCCGAAGGAGCUAUAGUUGCUAGCCACCUGGAGCUUGGGACCUCUGAGGAGGAAGCAGAACGGCUUGAAGCGAUCUACCACGCGAUGAGUCUCGAACGGACUAUGAAGAUCAUUCGAGAGCUGGUCCGGAUGCACCGGGAUGAUCCAAACUUCUCUGGUGCAUUGCUCGAGGACAUGAACAGCUUUGUCAACAACCCCGACAUCAUCGCUUCCCCAGACAAGCAUACUCAAGUGAUCGCAACUAUGAAGAUGGAAGCUGUCCUGGCCACCGAAAACUCGCCUUACGUCGAAGUCCGUGCCAACGUCGAUCCCACUGACGAUCCUGAUAUGCCCGCUUCCGCUAUCAGGGCAUGGGCAAUCGGCGUAGUCUUUUGCAUCAUUGGGUCGUUCAUCGAUAAUCUCUUCGCUUUCAGGAACCCUGCUAUCUCUAUCGGUACUAACGUCGCUCAACUGGUUGCGUACCCUCUGGCCUUAAUGUUGGAAAAUUUAAUCGCAAGGAACACAUGUUGUGUGUUCUCGAUCAUGGCGAACGUCUCUUUCACCGCCCCGUACACUUUCUACAUUAUCCCGGUGCAAGCGAUGCCCCAGUACUUCAACCAAUCCUUCGCUUACGACCGCGGCUACCAAAUUCUCUUGUCCCUGGCGGUCAACAUGUUUGGGUAUGGGCUUGCGGGUCUGCUUCGUCGCUUCCUGGUCUACCCAUCCAUUGCUAUCUGGCCAGCCACGCUCGACACAGUCGCUUUAGUCAAAGCUUUUCAUCAGGAAACCAAUGAGGCUGUGCCGGGAUCUUUUGGUCGGACAUAUCGCGCUUCUAGAGAGAAAGUCUUGUUGAUAGCCAUGGGCUGCAUGUUUGUCUACUUCUUCUUCCCAUCUUAUAUUUUUCAGGCCCUCUCAUCAUUCUCGUGGAUGACAUGGAUCGCACCUGAUAAUGUCACGCUUGACGCCGUCACUGGAGUCUGGGGAGGCCUCGGUCUAAAUCCCUGGCCGACUUUCGAUUGGAAUAUGUUCGGUGGUACCGGUUUGUAUCUGCCCACCUUUGCUGUUGCCAAUCAAGUCGUUGGUAUCAUCAUUGGGGCUAUCAUGAUCCUGGGCAUCUGGUUCACGAACACCUGGAAUACCGGAUUCCUUCCCAUCAACUCCAAUGCUACAUUCGAUAACACAGGUGCUCGCUACAAUGUCACCGCCGUGCUGAACCCUGACACCGGUAGACUCGACGAAACCCUUUAUCGAUUUUACAGUCAACCUUUCUUCAGUGCCGGUUAUAUCGUCUAUAACAUAUGGGCUUUCGCAUCUUACACUGCCUCGUUCACCUACGUCUAUCUUUUCUACCGGCGCGAUAUCAUACGAGGCUUCAGAGGCGUGUAUAGACGUGUCUUCAGAAAGGUCGAUGAGGAGGAUCUCGGGGAGGAUAUUCAUUACAGGUUGAUGAAGCGAUACAAGGAAGUCCCCGAUUGGCACUACGCCGUCCUCCUCGUUCUGCCCAUCGCUUUCGGAUGUGCGGCAGUGGCCGGCUGGCCCACUCAGGCCCCCGUAGCGGCGUUGUUCUACGGUCUGAUUCUCCCCAUCAUCUUCCUACUCCCCCUCGGGAUAAUUCAAGCGGUAACAGGUAUACCAGUCGCUUUGAACAUUCUUGCCAACAUCAUCGGUGGAUCCAUCACAGCAGGUGAGGGGAACUCUCUCAUGUAUUUCAAGUCUUGGGGUUACCUCUCAUCUUGGCAAGCCUUGAGUUUCUGCAAUGAUCUCAAGCUUGCUCAUUACCUCAAGAUCCCGCCUCGGAUCACUUUCUGGGCUCAGAUCGUCGCCACUCUCAUAUACUCCAUCGUUUCGGCUCUUCAAUAUAAUUUCAUUAUGAACAUCAAAGAUGUCUGUACUGCGGAUGCGGCUUUCCGUUUCACGUGUCCAUCACAAACCAGUUUCUACACCUCGAUCAUCUUCUGGGGUAUCAUCAGUCCCAAAAAGCUUUUUGGCAAGGACCAACAGUACAAUAUGAUGUUACUCGGCUUCCCCCUCGGUGUGAUCAUGGUUGGGCUCUAUUGGGCUGUUCGACGAAAAUACCCCAGAUCCUCCUUCCUGAGGCAGGUUCAUCCAGUCAUGAUCUGUAUGGGGCCCGUCAACGUGGCCGCUCCUUACAAUUUGGCCUACUACCUCGGCAAUCUUUAUGUCAACCUCAUCUCUUUCCAGUACAUCCGAAAGCAAUACUUGGCUUUUUGGUCCAAGUGGAACUACGUGAUUGGCGCCGGCUUCUCCACUGGUAUCGCUCUCUCUGGUCUUUUCAUCUUCUUCGCCCUUCAGAUCCCCAAAGGUGGCACAUUGUCCAUAGAUUGGUGGGGAAACAACGUUGUCAACUUGGGAUGUGAAGGCCAAGGUGGAUGCCACAGGCUCGACAUCCCCGAAGUUGGGUACUUUGGACCUGCACCCGGUACAUAUUCGUAG